UUCUCGUUUCCCAUUCCAAGGUUGUCUUUUUACCCUUUUAUAAUUACCAAGCUACAAAACCAAAAAGUGGGAAUCGUGUUCCCAGAUAAAAAUCUUGUUUUGGUUCAAAAUUUGCAACAGUAACCUUCGCCAUUUUAAUCCCUAGCUCUGCUUGUUCUUAGGUAUUUCUCUUAUUCAUUUUCAGGGCUCUGUUUGGCCAAGGGUGUUUGAUGGGAUUUGCUUCUGUUGAUCUUGAUUUUAAACUUGCAGUUACUUCCAGCGGGUGGUGAAUGUAUUUGUGAACUAUGAUUGGUAGAUGGAUUUGAGGUGUAUUUUGUGAUGUCAUCUGAAAGAUGGAUCUUGAAGGCAAAAAAUUUGGGAGGGGCAAUAGAGAACUUGGGGGUACUCGUGAUCUCAUAAAUCAAUACAGGCUUUGGCCAUACUAUGAAUUCUUCUGCAAGAAGUCACUUCCGUUGUCAAUUUCUGAGACUCAUUAUCUUCACAAUGUUGUGGGUGACACAAAAAUCAGGAAGGGAGAAGGAAUGGAACUGGAUCAGCUCUGUAAGAACACCUAUAUGAGUGAGAAAAAAGCUUGCUUAUGUCCUUUUGACUUGGAUGUACUAAGUGAAGCUUUCCAUAUGAGGGAAAUGGAUCCAAUCCACCUUUCCUCUGCCCAGAAGGUGCUACUAACUGCAGUGCCCAAGUCUGAGAAACAAUCUAGAGAUCAUGAGAGGAAGAAUAGAAAGGUCAAAGAUAUUGAUAGAAAGGGUAAAAAGUAUAGUAAGCACAGACUAAAUCGAGUAAAUGAUGGAAGUUGUGUAGAAAAUAACAGAAUUAGACCCCCUGAUUCUCAUCCAUUGCAGUUGAAGAACCAACGAAACAAGAAAAGGAGAGCAGGGACAAGCAAUGAUCCAUCUGUUAGCAAGCGAAUAAAUACUAGACAAUGAGAGGAGGAAUUAAAUGUUCAUUUUUUUAACCUCAAAAUAUGUGAUCAAUUUAGACUUUCUCAGUAAAC